AUCAAUGUCCAGAAAACGAUAAUACAAAAGUCAAAAAAAUUUAAUCUUCCGGCAUUGUCGACGGUUCGCCCACGAUCAAAACCAGUAAGAAGUAACCGUCCCCCCAUUCAUUUACCUCUCUUAAUUAUACUUCUCCUCGUAAUCCUGUAAUCCAGUUCCCCGUAAGUAUUCAACUUUUCCCGCAGUCCCUGCUUCUGCCUCAUUUCCCUCCAACUGGAGUUUAGAAACUGCUCUAGCUUUCUCUCCAUCAACCGCUCCAAAUGGCCAAACCCAUCAGGCGGUACCCUUGUCUCUUCUUACUAUGUUCUUUCACACUCUAAAGGCAGAAGCAGCUUGCAGAGAAUCAUAGAAACAGAGACUGAAGAUGCAGAUGCUCCACCUUGUUGCUGCUCUGCUCUUGCUGCAUCUACGGACAGUUGCGCUCGCCCUGAAUCAGGAAGGUCUUGAUCUAAUUCAGGCUAAACUCGGUCUCGAGGACCCCAACAACGCACUCGCCAAUUGGAAUUCUAGCGAUUCCACCCCCUGCAAAUGGACCGGCAUCACCUGCGCCACCAUUUCCGGCACCGGGGGAAACCCUUCCGUAAUUAAUCUAGAUCUCAAUGCCCUCGACCUCGCCGGGCCGUUCCCUGCUGCCAUCUGCCGCCUUCCCAAUCUGUCCGUCGUUAACUUGUCUCUCAAUUACAUCAACUCCACCCUUCUAAACUCCUCCCUUCUCCCCUGCCGCUCACUCACCCACCUUGACCUUUCUCAGAACCUCCUCGUCGGUUCCCUCCCCGAUUCGCUAGCUUCUCUGUCUUUGCUCCGCUACCUCGAUGUCAGCGCCAACAACUUCACUGGAGCCAUACCCGUCUCAUUUGCCCUUUUCCCUUCUCUGCAAAUCCUCUCCCUUACCGCUAACCUCCUCAAUGAAACUAUUCCCGCAUUCCUUGGUAACAUUUCCACCCUCCAGGAACUCAAUCUUGCUUACAACCCCUUCGCCCCCGGCUUAAUCCCUUCCUCUCUAGCAAACCUUAGCAAUAUCGAAACCAUUUGGCUUGCUGGCUGCGGCCUCAUUGGUUCUAUUCCUUCAACCCUCGGCCGCCUUAAGAAGCUCACUAACCUCGACCUUUCCAGCAACUUUCUCACGGGCAACAUACCCGACACUUUUCCUGGUCUCGCUUCAGUCGUCCAGAUAGAGCUGUAUAACAACACACUCUCCGGCAAUUUACCUCUUGGACUCUCAAAUCUCACCGCCCUAAGACGCUUCGAUGCUGCCAUGAACCUCCUUUCUGGUUCGAUUCCCGACGAUGUCUUCUCUAUUCCGCUACUUGAAAGCCUCCACCUUUACCAAAACUCUUUCGCCGGAUAUCUUCCUGUCACCGCCGGCAAGGCUGGAAAGCUUUUGGAACUUCGUGUAUUUUCGAAUAAUAUCUCGGGUUCUCUUCCCGCCGACCUCGGCACCAACUCGCCGCUAAUGUUCCUGGAUCUAUCUGAAAACCUCCUCACUGGUGAGAUCUCGAAAGGAAUCUGCGAUGGCGGCAAGCUGCAGGAGAUUCUUCUCAUCAACAAUUAUCUUUCCGGCAGCUUGCCGGAAGGUCUUGGCCAUUGCCGGAGUCUCUCCCGUGUUCGGUUAGCAAACAAUAGGCUCUCUGGCGUGGUGCCCGCAGGCAUGUGGGGGCUUCCUCACGUCUGGAUUCUGGAACUCACGGACAACUCCUUUUCUGGCGAGAUACCCUCUAACAUAGCUGGAGCUACCAAUCUUUCCAAGUUGCUGAUCGCCAGGAACCAGUUUAGCGGAAACAUCCCGGCGGAAAUCGGUUCACUUUCUAAGCUUUAUGAAUUCUCCGCCUCCGAUAACCGGUUAACAGGUCCAUUGCCGGUGUCACUUGGAUCAUUGCCCGAACUCGGACAACUAGAUCUCCACAACAACUCUCUCUCCGGUGAGCUGCUCACCGGAAUUAAGUCCUGGGGGAAGCUCACCAAGCUAAACCUUGCAGACAAUGAUUUCACCGGCAGAAUUCCCUUAGAACUGGGGAAUCUCCCUGUGCUGAACUACCUUGACCUAUCAGGGAACGUCCUUUCAGGAGAGAUCCCCAUGCAACUGCAGAACUUGAAGUUAAACCAGUUCAAUCUAUCCAAUAAUCAGCUCUCAGGCCCCAUCCCGCCAAUGUUCCACAACGAUGCCUACAGAAGUAGCUUCCUUGACAAUCCCGGCUUGUGCCGGGAUUUCAAUGGGCUAUGCCCGAGCUCGGCUGGCAACAGCCAUGGCCGCAGCAAGUUCUUCUGGCUUCUUCGAGCAAUCUUUAUAUUUGCUGCUUUGGUACUCAUUGUUGGUAUCACUUUGUUUUACUGGAAGUACUGGAACAUCAAGAGAGGAAAGAAAAUGAUGGAUAAAUCUAAGUGGAUUCUGACUUCAUUCCACAAGCUUGGCUUCAGUGAAUACGAGAUAUUGGAUUCAUUGGAUGAGGAUAACGUUAUUGGCAGCGGGGCAUCCGGGAAAGUUUACAAGCUGGUUCUUAGUAACAACGAGGCUCUGGCCGUGAAAAAACUAUGGAAAUCAAAUUCUUUAAAGAAUGAUGGUGCAAACCAUCACGAAGCUGCUUAUGACGCAUUUGAAUCAGAGGUGGCGACUUUGGGGAAGAUUCGACACAAGAAUAUUGUAAAGCUUUGGUGUUCUUGCAGUCAUAGAGAUUGCAAGCUUCUGGUUUAUGAGUACAUGCCGAAUGGGAGCUUAGGGGACUUACUGCAUAGCAGCAAGGCGAGCCUUUUGGAUUGGCCAACGAGGUUUAAGAUUGCCUUGGAUGCGGCAGAGGGGCUCUGCUAUCUGCACCAUGACUGUGUUCCACCUAUUGUUCACAGAGAUGUUAAAUCCAAUAACAUUCUUUUAGAUGGAGAUUUCGGGGCAAAAGUUUCAGAUUUUGGCGUUGCAAAAGUUGUCGAUGCUAUUGGAAAGGGACCUCAGUCCAUGUCUGUUAUUGCUGGAUCAUGUGGAUACAUAGCUCCAGAAUAUGCAUACACCCUUCGCGUGAAUGAAAAAAGUGACAUAUAUAGCUUUGGUGUUGUUAUUCUGGAGCUGAUAACUGGAAAGCCACCGGUGGGGCCGGAGUUCGGGGAGAAGGACUUGGUGAAAUGGGUGUGCAGCAACAUCCAACAAAAUGGGGAGGACAGUGUAAUUGAUUCCAAGCUCGAUAUCAGCUCCAAAGCGGAGAUUUCUAAAGUCCUUCACAUUGGCCUUCACUGCACAAGCAAUCUACCCAUCAACAGACCCUCAAUGAGGAGGGUAGUUAAGAUGCUGGUCGAAGUUCGUGAAGAAAGCAAGCCGAGUCUUCUACCAAAGGAUGGUAAACUGUCCCCUUACUACCAUGAUGAAGAUGAGGGGAAUAUUGCUUAGGGAAGAGCUUUAGGAGAUGCUGAAGAUCUUGGAAGCUCAUUCUUCUAAGAAUGAUGUGGAAAAAGUUGAAUUAAGCAUUUUUCAAUGAUAGCUGGGAUUGUCUAUUUUAUCUCAUCUAUUUUAAUUGAAAAGAAAAAGCUUCCUAGAAAACUUGCUCGUCUGUUAUUGCAAUUGUGCUAAUCAUGUAAAGAUUUAUUGUGGACCUCUUUGGCAGAAUACUCGAUUUUAGUACCCUGUA